UAACUGAUAGACGUAGAACACGGUGUUACAAACAGACAAUAAUAACACCGUAGAGAAUGCACUUUACCCUACACGAGUCACAACUUGGACCCGCGCCAGCCUUUCCCUCCCCGAGGUCACAACGAAUGAGCGAAACGCAGAGGCGUAGUAGGGAUUUGUUGUUCAUGUAGUGCAGUCUCCCGUAGUUCAGCUCGGGGAGGUUAUAGGUGGUGGCCCGAAAUAACGACAUAACAGGAGUCUCUGGUUCACGGUUACGUUAGGACUUAACAUAGUUGCGUCUACUCUCACCACGGAAAAAAAUGUAGUAGCUCCCCGUGCUUUAGGCCUACUGUGAAAAACGGAGACCUCGAGAGCAAACUUUUUUUGGAACUGUCCGCGCCUGGGAAGAAAUGAAAACAACAAUGCAGAGUGGCACCAAUAUAUCAGAUACAGCCAAGGAGUUAAGUGACGCGGUGUCAGUGUCUUUAGGUUUGAGUUCGCAGUUAAACGAGAUAGUGGAUAAUGGACGGAGCGGCCCUGUCUUCUCUGCAGACAGCGGCCCAAAUCAUGGAAACCAUUUUUCAGUCUCCGAGGAGUCAUCUCCAGAGUUUGGAGCUGGCGCAAGUAUGACCUCAGAGUUAACCACCCAGAUGCCGAGGAAAACGAUAAUUAAAUCAAAUGAUCUCGGGCCAUCGUUCGAAGUACAUCAAGACAUUUAUGGACAAAAUUAUGUCGGUUUUUUACAGACCCUUGAGCUCGAAAGGGACAGCGCAUGGAAGGUGACGAGGCCUCUCCACGAGUUGGAAAUGGCCCGAGGUCUCCGUAAAAACUCGGACAUGUUCGUGAAUCUGGAUAACGCUAAUGCACUCUCGGUGCCCUCUCAGUUUGACGAACUGCUACCGUUAAGUUCUCCAUUCCGUAAAGACGCCCCAAACACGUUAUUCGGUAGGGAUUUUACGGAUCCAUCGACCGUCAAUGGCCUCAUCAAAAGCAGCCUUAACAAAACCGAACCAGUGAACGAGGGACCCUGUCCGGUGGCGGGUGGAUCUUGGUUCUGUAAAUAUUUGGACAACGGAAAUUGCAUGUCUUGUGGAGCACGUAAAGCCUGUCCCCCUGGGGUUAAUUAUCAGGACUAUGUCCCAGGGAUGCCACAGGAGGGUCAUGUCCAGGAGCAAAGUUACCAAAGUGUGAUGCAUGAAAGCGGUCUUCAACAAGUGUAUCACUCCGCUAUCAAGGAGGAGAGUUCUGGAUGGAUGGGUGCUGACCCCAGACUGAGAUGUGAGGAUAUGUUGCCAGUGUAUUUCUCUGACCGGAGGGUGUGUAAGGUAUGUGGAGACGAGGCGUCAGGCUGUCACUAUGGAGCUGUUACCUGUGGGAGCUGCAAGGUGUUCUUCAAGAGGGCUGCAGAGGCGGCCUUGUUUGUUAUUGUGUCCCCAGGCAAGCAGAAUCACCUGUGCGCCAGCCGUAACGACUGCACCAUCGACAAGCUGAGGAGGAAGAACUGUCCUUCCUGUCGUCUCAGCAGAUGCUUCCGGUCUGGAAUGAGCCUCAAAGGCCGGAAGCUGAGGGGAGCUGGCCCACUGAAAGGAGGAGUGGAGGGGGGAACACAGGCACCUGGCAGAGAGAGGACUGGAGAGAGGACGGGGGGACUACAGUUAUCCACCGUUUCCCCACAGGCUAAAUGCUGUGAUGCCCGGCAGGCUCCCGCUCUUGGCCUCUCCCCCAGCCUGCGCCCCUCCCUCCUCAACGUCCUGAGUUCCAUCGAGCCAGGAAUGGUCAAUGCAGGCCAUGACACCUCCCAGCCAGACUGUUUCGCCUCCCUUCUGUCCAGCCUCAACGAGCUGGGAGAGAGACAACUGGUGUCUGUGGUGAACUGGGCUAAAGCCAUGCCAGGUUUCAGAGAGCUGCAUGUAGAAGACCAGAUGUCAGUGAUCCAGUCUUCAUGGCUGGGGUUGAUGGUGUUCGCUCUGGGCUGGAGAUCUUACACUAAUACAGAUGCUAGAGAGCUCUACUUCGCUCCUGACCUCAUCUUCAACGAUCAGAGGAUGCGUGUGUCCAGUAUGUAUGAACACUGUGUCCAGUUCCGUCUGCUGUCCCAGAGGUUCUGUAUGCUCAGAGUCACCCAGGAAGAGUUCCUCUGUAUGAAGGCUCUGCUCCUCUUCAGCAUCAUCCCUGUGGAGGGUCUGAGGAAUCAGAAGUGUUUUGACGAACUGAGGAUCUCUUACAUCAAGGAGCUGGUUCGUCUGGCCAGCCAACACGGAGAAAAACACCACACACAACGUCUGUUCCAGCUAACACAGCUACUGGACUUCCUACACCCGAUUGUGAGGAAGCUGCACCAGUUCACCUAUGAUCUGUUUAUCCAGGCCCAGUCUCUACCCACCAGAGUCAGCUAUCCAGAGAUGAUCUCUGAGAUCGUCAGCGUUCACGUGCCCAAGAUACUCACAGGCAUAGUUCAGCCAAUCCUCUUUCACAAUGCACCUUGCUAGAGGGUCAUCCUAUCACAAUGCACCUUACGAGAGGGUCAUCCUAUCACAAUGCACCUUGCUAGAGGGUCAUCCUAUCACAAUGCACCUUUCUAGAGGGUCACUCAGUCGGAGUGUCAACUUAAUGUUGAGAGUUAAAAUAGAAUACACGAGGUGACAUUUUUAAAUUUGGUAAUGCUUCAGCAGUUUUUCUCUUGUAAUGUCAGUCUCUGAAAGUUACUCAAUUAGCUCAUGUCAGCAAACAUUUAUUUAGAUUGGUAAGUUUAGCCUAGCCAGCUGUCUAGACCUUGUAGUAAUCAUGGCCAACUAAUGACCAGGCAAGCAUGUACCCAGGCGCCUGACCUCCAGGGGGCCUCCAUUGAUUUUGUCAAGUCACUCUCACUCAGAUAUCAUAUGAACAUGGCAUAAGUCAUGGCAAAAUGUGUAGAAUUGUAGGAAAUUUGCUUUAAAACUGAUCAUUUCUCUCCACCCCAUGACAAUAUUUGUAGAAUUGUUGGAAAUUUGAGUUAAAUCUGCAAGAUCUUCUGGCUGCCCCAUGUGAAGAAAAAUGUGUAGAAUUUCAGAAAAUGUGACUUGAAACCACAACAUUUUCUCUACGCCCCAUAGCUAAAUGCAUUGAAUUUCAGGAAAUGUACUUUAAAACUUAAAUUUGCUUUAUAUUUGCCAUCAAGAGGGGGACCACUAAAAUGUUUUACCCGCAUGGUGUGGGGCCCCAAAAAGCUAGGGCCAGCCCUGGUUCAAUAUAUCACAAAACAUCUUCCUAGAGGACCAACCAUUGACUGUACAUGAAUGGACAAAGCCGUCGAUGAUGUUACACCAUUAAUUCCUAUGUGAAGACUCAAUGUCGCAUUUGAAGGUUAAGAAGUGGGUUUAAGCUUGCUAAAAUGGCGUCUCAUGGGGAUAUGUAUGUCGACAUAACAUGCACAGUUUGAGCUACUCCAGGAAGGGACGUUGCAGGCUAGCUCAGUGCUGCCUGCAACGAACUUGAGUAUCUCAAGUUGAAGGCCGACCGGGGUACUGCAGGCUAACAUAGCAACUGAAUUAUCCAUAUAACGUUGUACAAUUGUAUUUUUUUUUAUAUAAUCGGUUCAAGGACAUACAUCUGUUCUAAUAUAAGCAAUUAUUGGUAACAUGGUUAUGUUUGAAUGCUAUUUGUUGGGUUUUUUCUCUAAUAUUGACAACGAAGAUCACCAUUUUCCCAUUCACUAUGAUGGGAGAUCCUGCUUUCUGGAAACAACAGCCUGCAGUACCACAGUCGGCCUUGAACUUCAUGGCUUCAAUAAGAGGGGUCAGUUGGUCUCCCCAGGGACCAACCCAUACCCUUUCUUUGCGUUGAUUACGUUAGACCCCCUGAUGUCAAGCUAGGGUUUGAUCCUGAAUGUACAUUUAAGACUGUUGUUUUUCUCUCUUUUCAGUUUACUGUUAUAUACUCUUUCAUAGUUUCAGUAAAUGUAGUAGUAUGUUAAACAGUCAAAAUAAGACAUAAUUCUUCUGAAUAACACAUCAUUCAUACUCUACAGACAUUUAUAUAUAACACAAUAUCUGUAAAUAUAAAAUGCAUUAUACAUUGCAUAUUCUAUAAAAACAAAUCAGACUUCUUUAAAACUCUUUAAAUUCUAACAAAUAAAACAACCUAUAUUCCA